AAGGCGAAGUCGCCGAUUCAUAGACAUACCAGUGUGUAUUCCGGUUCACUGGCAAUAACACUAACCAGAGAUCAAUCAGGCGAACGUUUAAUUUCUUAAAGCAACUCGCUCGUCGUACGUUACUCAACUAAUAUUGGUAUUAGAUUAUUUCGUUUAAAUUUGCCGACUAUACCAAUUCCUGUACAUCCGUGCUACCAUAAAAUGUUAUCGAGAGCACUAGUGUGCGUGUUUCUUCUAACUUGCCAGAGCGACGCUGCUCCAACGGCGAACGAGCGUAUGACGUUGACGAAGAUGAUGGCGGAGGAUCUCGACGGGACGGCCAGUGGCUACGUGUACAAUCAGCAACAGGGUAUUCCGGUUUACUACGUGCAGUACAGCAAUCACGGAAGUGGACGGUACUACCAUGCACCGGACGUCGUGCAGUACGUUGCUACACCUGUUGCACACAGUGUUCCUGAAACGAAGCUUUUGCACCCCUAUGUAAGCGCCGAGGAUGUUCUGCGCUCCAACCACCAAGGAACUGUCAAUUACGGUAACGAGCAAUCGCUGGAUCACUCAGUGGCCCCUACCAAGCCUCUGCUACGCGUCCCGUAUUACGUUGAUGGAAAGGUCGUCGAGAACGAGGGGAAUAAUAAAGAAGAAACACAGCAGAAGAGUGGCGACGAGGAUCAUGGUAAUGAGAAAAGUAUGGAGGAUGAUAGCGACGAGGAAGGAGGAGAGGAAGAGACUGAUCAUUGGGAUGAUAUCGAUGAAGAGAUUCACGAUGGAUAUCACGGUGGAUCGGUGAAAAUGUUCGACCAUGGUGAUGGUUACGAUCAUGAGGCAAUCGGUGGAUCUAAGGGUGAUGAAGGUUUUUUGGAGGAAGGAAAGGGAGAGGAACACGCGAACGAAGAGUAUUCGAAGGAAGUGGUGAAGGGAGAAAAGGGAUAUAAGAAGGGGAAAGAGUUUAGUAAAGCGGAAUCUGGUAGCGACGAUAGUGCACACGAGGAAGGGUACCAUAAGAACGGAGGCAAACACAAAAAGGGACACGUGGUCGAAGAUGAAAAACAUGGUUCCCGCAAGGAGACAGAGAAAGGCAAAGAAGGCAGUAGUUACGGGCAUUCGUCCUAUCAUAAGAAGGGGCAGAAAACUAAUGGUUUCCACAAUAUCUAUCACAAAGACGAAUACAAGAAGGAGACGGACUUUUACGACGAUGAUCAUAAGAAGGGUGAUUUCGAGGAGUACGAGGAAUUCGACAAAGGUUACAAGGCCGACGAGGGAGAUUUUAAGAAAGGCGAACAUCAUUCUUCUGGACGCGAUUAUCAAGAUCAUGGAGAGAAAGGAAGUUUCGAUAAGGGACACUAUGACAACCAGGAUCAAGGUCAACAGGUCGAAGAAGGCGAAAAAUCGCAUUAUUCAAACCACGAGGAUUAUAAUGUCGAAGAGGAUUCGAAAUCGGAUAGAAUACACAAGUUCCAUAAAGGAGAUGAUUGAUCGAUAUCGUAUCAUUUACUGUAUCAGUGAUAUUAUAAGCCGUGUUAUUGUUUUCUUUAUAUCGUAAACUACGUUCUAUAAUAAAAAAGAAAAAAAAAAUAGAACAUAACUAGUGUGAUUCUUUCUAAUGUUAAUUUUUAUGUCAAAAGUGUUUUAUCUAGAUAUGUCUAAAAAUGUCUAAAAUAUUUAGCACUUAACUACAAAAGUAGAUCAGGAAUAAUUUGAAAUGCGGAAUUUAAAUUGUUACGAUAAAAAUACUGUUACUUAAUCGAAUGAUGUAACUGGAAAAUGUAAAUUUAGAAAGUGUUAUUGACCUAAUUUUUUAAGGGCUGCUAGUGUAGCGUAACGUGUCUAAUGCAAAAACUUAAAGUAUUGGGAAACUUACUACAAAUCGAUAGAUUCGAGUCUGUGAAAUACCACAGAAGUAUUGCUAAACAAAAGUUUUGACAUAACCGCUGAAUCCUAAACUGUUUCACUCUGCUAUCCAAAUAAAGGAAGAUUUUUAUAAAUAAACUUAUCGUAUCUCGGUAGAAUUUGUGGUAGAACAAAAUUAAUAAUUAUUUAAGAACUCUUUUAAGUAGUUAUAAUUUUAAAAAGUAAUUGAUGUUAACUCAAGUAAAUUACAAUUGUAAUAAAUAUCAUAAAGGA